UCUCAUUCGGAUUUCGACCCAAAUUCUCCUCCAUAAUCCAAAGUCCAAACUCCGAUCCACUCUCUCCGUCUCUCCUCCUGGUUCUUUUGUCUUUUAUAAACAGAAUCCAAACCCUAAAACCUUCUCGGAUCAUCCGAUUGGACCAGCCUGUGGAGCCAAACUUUGGUUUUCUGGACUUUGGUUCGUUUGAAGCCUAUGCGAUGGAAGUGGCUAAUGAAUCCUCUGCUAAGAAACCAAAGAGAUUGACUUCUGUUGUAUGGAACCACUUUGAAAGGGUCAAGAAAGCCGACAUAUGUUAUGCGGUAUGUGUUCAUUGUAACAAGAAAUUAAGCGGAUCGAGUAAUAGUGGAACCACCCAUCUGAGGAAUCACUUAAUGCGGUGCUUGAAAAGAUCAAACUAUGAUGUUUCCCAACUGCUUGCAGUGAAGAGGAGGAAAAAAGAAAAUACCCUUACCAUUGCGAAUAUCGCUUAUGAUGAAGGGCAAAGAAAGGACGAUUAUAUGAAGUCCACUAUUGUCAAGUAUGAACAGGACCAAAUAAAGGAUGAAGCUUUCAAUGUGGGAAGCAGUUGGUUCGACCCUGAGAGAAGUCGGUUAGAUCUUGCCCGCAUGAUUAUAAUACAUGGCUACCCGUUAGCCAUGGUUGAACAUGUUGGAUUCAAGGUGUUUGUCAAGAAUCUGCAGCCGUUGUUUGAUGUUGUGCAAAAUAGCAGCAUUGAGCUGUCUUGUGUGGAAAUUUAUAUGAAGGAGAAGCAGAGAAUUUAUGAUAUGUUAAGUAAAUUGCAAGGCAGAAUUAACCUCGCCGUUGCGAUGUGGUCUUCACCCGAUAAUUCUAAAUACGUAUGCUUGACUGCACAUUACGUUGACGAUGAUUGGAAACUACAAAAGAAGACUCUUAAUUUCUUAACACUUGAUUCUUCUCAUUCCGAAGACAUGCUUUCCGAAGUAAUUAUCAAGUGUCUACUGGAUUGGGACAUAGACUAUAAGCUGUUUGCCAUGACUUUUGAUGAUUGUUCGAUAAUGAUGACAUUGUCCCGAGAAUAAAAGAUCGUAUUUCUGAAAACAGGCCGCGUUUAAGCAAUGGUCAACUGUUAGAUGUGCGCUCAGCCGCACAUAUUCUGAAUUCAAUUGCUCAAGAAGCCAUUGAAGCUCUCCAUGUAGUCAUCCAAAAGAUUCGAGGAAGUUUUAGAUAUGUUAAAAGUUCACAACCAAUACUAGUGAAGUUCAAUGAGGUUGCCCAGCAACACGGAAUCAAGAACCACAAGAGCUUAGUUCUCGACUAUCCUAUACGAUGGAAUUCAACAUACAUGAUGCUCGAGACUGCUGUAGAGUACAGGAAUGUGUUCCAUCGCUUGCCAGAUCUUGAUCCUGACCUUGCUUUAAGUGAUGAAGAGUGGGAACGGGCAAGUUCGAUUACUGGCUAUUUGAAAAUGUUGGUUGAAAUCAUUAAUGUAUUUUCCGGCAACAAAUGUCCCACUGCAAAUAUAUAUUUCCCUGAAAUUUGUCAUGUCCACAUUCAAUUGAUUGAAUGGUGCAAGAGCGCUGAUGAUUUUCUUUGUUCAUUGGCAACAAAGAUGAAAGCCGAGUUCGAUAAAUAUUGGAGCAAGUGCAGCCUAGCUUUGGCUGUAGCAGUGAUCUUAGAUCCUCGAUUCAAGAUGAAGUUGGUUGAGUAUUACUAUUCCCAAAUUUACGGCAGUACCGCUUUGGAACGAAUCAAAGAAGCAUCUGAUGGUAUCAAGGAACUCUUUAAUGCGUACUCUAUCUGCCCGACUUUGGCCGAUCAGGAUUCAGCUUCACCUGGCUGUAGCUUACCUAGCAGUAGUAAUAAUACUAGAGAUAGACUAAAGGGUUUCGACAAAUUUGUCCACGAGACAUCUCAGAGCCAAAGUUCAAUAUCGGACUUGGAAAAAUAUUUAGACGAGCCCGUAUUUCCUCGUAACUGUGAUUUCAGCAUCUUGAAUUGGUGGAGGGUUCACACACCGAGAUAUCCAAUCCUGUCGAUGAUGGCACGUGAUGUUCUAGGAACUCCUAUGUCAACUGUUGCACAGGAGUUCGUGUUCAAUGCCGGAGGCCGGAUGCUUGAUAGCAGUCGAUGUUCACUGAAUCCUGAUACUCAACAGGCUUUGAUAUGUGCACGAGAUUGGUUACGGACGCAAUCUAAUGAUGCGACGCCAUUACCGGGCCAUUGCGCUCUACCCCUUUACGCUGAAGCAAAUUGAUCCAGCCUUUUGCCUGCAUGGUACAUGGAUCCUUUCUUAAGCUGAUAAGAUUGCAUUGAAGCACUUGAGCUUUGGGUGUUGAUCAGAUUCUAUUUGAUAAUGGUGUUUCAAUGUGGCUUAUAACCGUGCCUCAAUUCAAGGCAACUCUUUGUUAUUGGUUGAUGUAGUUAUUUAAAUUUAAGUUUAUAGUUCAAAGAUAUAUGUUGUUCGAACUCGGAUUCGGAUAAUAAAAUGCACUUUUAUGUUA